AUGGCGAUGAAUAAGGAACAGAUGCUGCGUUCAGCUCUUCUGGUAGCUUGCAUCUUUUGUGUGACGAAUCUUCCAAUAGUCGUAAGUCUUCGAAGUGCAGGAAGCUAUCGGUAUGGAGCGCUGAACGAAAACAUACCGAUUGUGCAAGCGAAUGGUUUAGGUGGCAACAUUCAGAGGGCUCCCGUCGGCGGUCCGUUCACUUGGAUUUCAACCAUCACGGGUCUGCCCAUUGUUAGUUUUUUCGCUUUUCGCACGGUGCCCACGAAAUGUCCAUCCUGUUCAUGCGGAACCAACAGCUCAAAAGUCGUUUCAAACGAUCUGACUGAUGUCAGCGAUUUGCGGAUCAAUGGCGGACAGGAUGCUCCCGACGGAAAGUACCCUUGGAUGGUCGCUCUGUACUACGACAACAAGUUCAUCUGCGGAGGAUCACUGAUCAAUGAUCGAUAUAUCCUGACUGCGGCCAGCUGUGUGUUCAACACCGAUUGGACAUUGUUUUCCGUGAAAUUCCUAAUGUACGAUCGUAGUAAUCCAGAUUCGGAUUUCUUCGAACGGCGAGUUACGUAUGUAAUGACAAACUGGUACGUGGACACCGGGAUUAUAGCAAUGAACGAUUUGGCCCUACUGAAGCUGAACGAAACAGUUCCUCUGGGGAAAAAUCUAUCUCCAGUUUGUUUACCACCGGAGGGGCCAACGUAUGGAGGCUAUAAUGCCACUGUGACGGGCUGGGGCGAAACCCAGAACGGAACGUAUUCCAAGGUGCUGCAGGAGGUUACCGUUCCUAUUCUAACCUACGACGAAUGCUUCAAGCAGAGCAACUAUCUGUUCUUCCAAAUGGACGACAGCAAGUUGUGUGCCGGAGCGGUUGACGGUGGGCGAGAUGCUUGCCAGGGAGACAGUGGCGGCCCGCUGCAUAUUGUGGACCAACAAACCGGUAGGUCGGUCGUAGCCGGAGUAGUCCCUGCCAGGACGGAAUGUGCUCAGCCAAAGUAUCCGGGAAUUUAUACCCGGGUGAACAAGUUUAUUUCGUGGAUCAAAUUCAACACGCGGGAUGCUUGCUAUUGCAAGACAAUGAAAUUUCCUCCGACACGCAUCUAUAAUGCUGAUGAAACAGCUAUUUCAACGGUUCCCCCCAGUAAGAAGAAAAUUGCGGCCCUCAGAGGUAAAAAACAGGUUGGAAUGAUUUCGUCGGCAGAACGAGGAGAGACAACCACUAUCGUUAUGAGUAUGUCAGCGAGCGGACAUUACCUUCCGCCUUUCGUCAUAUUUCCCAGAACUCGAAUGCAUGAUUCUCUCAAACAUGGAGCGCCACCGGGAACAAAGUUCGCCUGUAAUCCCUCAGGGUACAUGACCAUCGAAGUAUUCAAAAAUUGGUUUGAUCAUUUCCUCGAGCACGUCCAUUCUUCAGAAACUGAUCCUGUGCUGCUUUUGGUGGAUGGUCAUUCGUCUCACACCAAAAAUUUAGCGGUUACUGAGAAAGCUCGUAAAAAUCAUGUGACGAUUCUUGUGCUUCCGCCGCACUGUAGCAACAAGUUACAACCGCUAGAUGUCUCGUUUAUGUCUCCAUUUAAGGCACAUUAUUCAAGCGCUACCGAAAUUUUCCUGAGAUCUAAACCAGGGCACGUCAUAAGCCAAUAUGACAUUAUGCAACUUAUGGGUACUGCUUUUGGAAAAGCGGCUACAAUACCGAUCGCAGCUAACGGUUUCAGGAAAUGUGGACUGUGGCCAUGUGACCGUACAGUUUUUGACGAAAAUUCUUUUGCACCAUCAUUGGUCACUGAUCAAUUCUUGCCAAUAAUAGAGCCGGCAGCAACUCCAACCAAGAACGAUAAAACUUUUGAAGCAGAUAUCAUCAAGAAAGGGGAAGACGAGCAGUCCUCUGUGAAUUCGUUCCUAAUUUCACCGGAGAAAAUUUUACCAUUGCCAAAAAUGGCAGUAGUUGUUGGUUCGCCAUAUGGUUAUGGUGGCAGGAUACGGGAGCACGUGAAGGAUAUGGGAGGCACGGGUGGGACAUGUCCUCGAAGGUUCCGAAGCCCAAGAGCACGGGCUCAUAUUCGUUUUACGCUCCUCGUACUCACGCGUAUGGUACAAAUGAACUUAUCCAUAUGUAUAAAAGACGAUCGAUUUAAAUUCCACAGCCACAGAACAAUACUGACACACUCUUGUCUCGUCUGCAACGGACGGGACCACAAUUUUGGUUUACAAUCCACGAAUAUUGCACGAUCGUUAGCCGCGGUUGCAGCAAGUGUUGGCACGCGCGUGGCUCGUUUUGGACUGGUUCUAACUUGUUCUCAAGUUUUCUCACGGGAUUCUGACUACAGGAUGCAGCUACCGUUGGCGAUAAGUUUGAUCUGGUUAGCCCGUAUAGCACUGGCACUUCCGGCGAAUGGCAGCAGAUCCUGUAACUGCGUGUGCGGAAUCAACGGUCGUGCAAAUCGGAUUGUGGGAGGCAUCGAAACCGAAGCUCACGAGUACCCCUGGUUGGCCGGUUUGUUCCGGCAGGGAAAAUUAUACUGCGGUGCUUCCGUCCUAACCAAGAACUAUUUAAUAACGGCAGCCCACUGUGUGAACGCCUUCGAGCCCAGCGAAAUCAGGGUGUAUCUGGGUGGCCAUAAUAUUGCCAAAGACUAUACGGAGCUUCGUCGAGUCAAGCGGAUCAUCGACCACGAGGAUUUUGAUAUUUUCACAUUCAACAAUGAUAUCGCCCUGCUGGAGCUGGAUAAACCGUUGCGCUAUGGUCCCACGAUACAACCAGCCUGCCUUCCGGACGGAAGUGAACGAGAUUUGAGCGGGUCGCUGGGCAUCGUUGCCGGCUGGGGACGAAUCGAAGAAAAGCUACCGCCCUCGAAGACGUUGCGCUCGGUCGUGGUUCCAAUUUGGUCACAGCAGCAGUGCUUGGAGGCCGGUUAUGGCAGUAAGAAGAUCUCCGACAAUAUGAUGUGCGCUGGGUAUCAUGACGGCAAAAAGGAUGCCUGCCAGGGCGACAGUGGCGGUCCGAUGCACAAAAUGGGCAACGCCGGCAGCAUGGAGGUUAUCGGAGUUGUCUCAUGGGGUCGAGGCUGCGCAAGGCCGAAUCUGCCUGGAAUUUAUACCCGAAUCGUAAACUACUUGCCCUGGAUCGAGCAAAGACUGGCCGGGGAAUGUCUGUGUGUACCCAAAGAUGUCGCCGCCCGGAAGAAUGAGUGACGGAUGAGAGACAUCUUGCCAGGCUGUUAUUUAUUUAUUUAUUCUAGUCAGCAAAUGUAAUUGUAAGGAUUGGAUUAGUGGAGUACACCGAAUGCAAGAGCUAGUUUUGUUGCCAAAAAUUUUUAUGCCAUGAAGUUUGAAAUACAGUAUUGUAGGUAAAUGAUGAUUCAUUG